CUUGAAGAGACAAGAAGGCACACUUUCACAUUCAAAUACUGAACAAAAUCAAGCAGAUUUGGCAAAUUUGGUUUUCUGCAAGUAACACUUUAUUGCAAGGUUGGUUUCAUCAAAAUAUAAGAGGUGUGUGUGUACGAGUGGCAUGACUAUGAUAUACUUGAAAGAAACAUUUGUGUUCAGCAUAUCUAUUUGCUACAUUUUUGUGGUUGCAAACCAAGAUGCUCAGAAGUCUCCAGAAACAUGCACCCCAGGAAGUCUUCUUGGAAUUCCUGGUGUUCCUGGGCAACCAGGUGUCCCUGGAACAGCAGGUGUUCCUGGCAUCCCAGGAACACAUGGCCAGAAGGGUGACACAGGCCAGCAAGGUCCCAGAGGCGAGCCUGGUAUGCCUGGAGAUAAAGGCUCAGUAGGUCCAACUGGCCCUGGCGGUCUACCAGGUAAAGCAGGUCCAAGUGGGCCUAAGGGAGAGAACUGCAUCAUGGAAUCAGCAGGAAUUAACAGCAAUACAACUUCUCAACUUCAGAAAUCUGCUUUUUCAGUUGUUCUAACAGGAUACGAUGGUAAAAUAUCAAUAAACGACCCAGUGAGAUACAAUAUUAUUCUUAGCAAUGUUGGAAACGACUACGAUCAAUUGACUGGAAAAUUUACAUGUCGUAUUCCGGGUACCUAUGUGUUCUCUUUCAUGGCUAUGAAAUCUGCCACCGAGGAUGCGGAAACAGCCAGUCUCCUGUUAAUGCUCAAUGGAGUAUUUCAACUGGGGGCUCACUGUGAUAGAAAAAAUCGCUUGAGUACAUCCACUAAUAUAGGUAUACUAAAUUUAAAUACUGGCGAUAAAGUUUGGAUACAGCCACGACAUGAUUAUCUGUAUGGGGAUCGGUUCAGAUAUCCCAGCUUUUCUGGUUUCUUACUUUAUCCACAAUAAAAUUUAUUCAAUGUUUUUUUCAUGCUCCAUGUU